AUGGUUUUAUUAGCCUUUACAGAAUGUAAUGUGGCUUUAGAUAAUCUUCAGAUAAAAGAAAAUGCCCUGAGUGAAUUGGAUGUUCCUUUUAAAGUCAAGGCUGGCCAAAUUGACAAGUUAACUUUGAAGAUUCCUUGGAAAAACCUUUAUGGAGAAGCAGUUGUUGCAACUCUAGAGGGAUUAUACCUGCUUGUUGUCCCUGGAGCAAGUAUUAAAUAUGAUGCUGAAAAAGAAGAAAAAUCCUUGCAGGAUAUUAAACAGAAAGAACUAUCUCGAAUUGAAGAAGCCCUUCAAAAAGCAACAGAAAAAGGUGCACAUUCAGGGGAGUUCAUAUAUGGCUUGGAAAACUUGGUUUACAAGGACAUCAAGCCUGGACGUAAACGUAAAAAGCACAAAAAACAUUUUAAGAAACCUUUUAAAAGUCUUGAUCGUUCAAAAGAUAAGCCAAAAGAUGCCAAAAAAGAUACAUUUGUGGAAAAAUUGGCAACUCAAGUAAUAAAAAAUGUUCAAGUAAAAAUCACAGAUAUUCACAUUAAAUAUGAAGAUGAUGUCACUGACCCAAAGCGGCCUCUUUCAUUUGGCGUCACACUGGGAGAACUUAGUUUGUUGACUGCAAAUGAACACUGGACUCCAUGCAUAUUAAAUGAAGCAGAAAAAAUUAUAUAUAAGCUUAUACGACUUGAUAGUCUUAGUGCCUACUGGAAUGUAAACUGCAGCAUGUCUUACCAGGGAUCAAGGGAACAGAUUUUGGAUCAGCUGAAAAAUGAAAUUCUUACAAGUGAAAAUAUACCUCCAAAUUAUCAAUACAUUUUCCAGCCAAUAUCAGCCUCUGCAAAACUCUACAUGAAUCCUUAUGCAGAAACAGAGCUCAAAACACCCAAACUGGACUGGAACAUAGAAGUACAAAAUAUUGCCAUUGAGUUGACCAAGCCUCAGUACUUAAGUAUGAUUGACCUUUUGGAGUCAGUGGACUAUAUGUUUAGAAAUGCCCCUUACAGGAAAUACAAGCCAUAUUUACCACUUCAUACCAAUGGUCGACAGUGGUGGAAAUAUGCAAUUGAUUCUGUUCUUGAAGUUCAUAUUAGAAGGUAUACACAGAUGUGGUCAUGGGGUAACAUAAAAAAGCAUAGACAGCUACUUAAGAGUUACAAAAUUGCCUACAAAAACAAGCUAACACAGACUAAAGUCUCAGAAGAAAUACAGAAACAGAUUCAGGACCUGGAGAAAACUCUAGAUGUUUUUAACAUAAUUUUGGCAAGGCAACAAGCACAUGUUGAGGUGAUUCGGUCUGGGCAAAAAUUAAGGAAGAAGUCUGCUGAUACAGGCGAGAAACGUGGAGGCUGGUUUAGUGGGUUUUGGGGUAAGAAGGAGUCUAAGAAAAAAGACGAAGAAUCAUUGAUUCCUGAAACUAUUGAUGACCUUAUGACUCCAGAGGAAAAAGAUAAGCUCUUCACCGCCAUUGGUUAUAGUGAGAGUACCCACAACCUAACUUUACCCAAGCAGUAUGUUGCUCAUAUAAUGACCCUGAAGUUAAUAAGCACCUCUGUUACAAUCAGAGAAAACAAAAAUAUUCCAGAAAUACUAAAAAUUCAGAUACUUGGCCUGGGCACUCAAGUAUCUCAGCGACCAGGAGCACAAGCACUUAAGGUGGAAGCAAAAUUAGAGCACUGGUAUAUAACAGGUUUGAGACAGCAAGAUAUUGUCCCAUCACUUGUGGCUUCAAUUGGUGACACUGCAUCAUCCUUGCUUAAAAUUGAGUUUGAGACCAAUCCAGAAAAUAGCACUGCUGAUCAGACUCUGACUGUGGAGUCUCAGCCUGUGGAGGUCAUCUAUGACGCGAAAACCAUCAAUGCAGUAGUUGAAUUCUUUCAAUCAAAUAAGGGAUUGGAUCUUGAGCAAAUAACAUCAGCAACAUUGAUGAAGCUAGAAGAAAUUAAAGAGAGAACAGCUACAGGACUUGCACAUAUUAUCGAAACUCGAAAAGUCCUUAAUUUAAGGAUAAAUCUGAAGCCUUCUUAUCUGGUAGUUCCAAAGACAGGUUUCCACCAUGAAAAGUCAGAUCUUUUGAUUUUAGACUUUGGUACAUUUCGGUUCAACAGUAAAGGUCAAGGUUUACAGAAGACUACUAAUUCAUCUCUGGAAGAAAUAAUGGAUAAGGCAUAUGACAAGUUUGAUGUUGAAAUAAAGAGUGUGCAACUACUUUUUGCAAGAGCAGAGGAAAACUGGAAAAAGUGUCGAUUUCAGCAUCCAUCAACUAUGCAUAUAUUGCAGCCCAUGGAUAUUCAUGUUGAGUUGGCCAAGGCAAUGGUAGAAAAAGACAUUAGAAUGGCCAGAUUUAAAGUAUCAGGAGGACUUCCUUUGAUGCAUGUGAGAAUUUCUGACCAGAAGAUGAAAGAUGUGCUAUGUUUGAUCAACAGUAUACCUUUGCCACAGAAAUCAUCAGCACAUUCUCCAGAGAGACAGGUAUCCUCAAUUCCUGUUAUUUCAGGUGGGACAAAAAGUCUGCUUGGUACUUCACUUUUGCUAGAUGGUAUGGAAUCAGAGUCUGAUGAUGAGUAUUUUGAUGCUGAAGAUGGAGAUGCACAGACUGGUAAAAGUAUGAAAGGGUCAGAACUACAAAAAGCUGCAGAAAUCCCAAAUGAGGAGCUUAUUAAUCUUAUACUCAAGUUUGAAAUUAAGGAAGUGAUUUUGGAAUUUACUAGACAGCAGAAAGAAGAAGAUACAAUCCUAGUAUUUAAUGUUACUCAGUUAGGAACAGAGGCCACAGUGAGAACAUUUGACUUAACUGCGGUAUCUUAUUUAAAGAAAAUCAGCUUGGAUUACCAUGAAAUUCAAGGAUCCAAAAAGAAGCCCCUUCACUUGAUUAGCUCUUCUGACAAGCCUGGAUCAGAUCUUUUAAAAGUGGAGUAUAUUAAGGCUGAUAAGAAUGGACCCAGUUUUCAAACUACUUUCGAAAAAACUGAGCAAACAGUUAAGGUGGCCUUUUCAUCUUUAAAUCUGUUACUACAAACGCAAGCUCUUCUCUCUUCUAUUACUUACCUCACAAACAUCAUUCCAUCAGAUGAUCAAAAUAUGGGUGUUGCCAAGGAGGUACACAUUUCACCUGAAAAGCAACAAAAAAAUUCAACUGUGCAGAAAGUGAUUGUGUCCUCUCAAGAGAAUGACAUUAUUGGCUUCAGGCUGUUAGCCAAGUUAAAUGCUUUUUGUGUUGUCAUUUGCAAUGAAAAGAUCAAUAUUGCCGAAAUCAAAAUUCAAGGCCUCAAUUCUUCUCUUUCUCUUCAGUCAAGAAAACAGUCCUUUUUUGCCCGACUUGAAAAUAUUAUUGUCACAGAUGUUGAUCCUAAGACUGUUCAUAAAAAAGCUGUGUCAAUAAUGGGGAAUGAAGUUUUUCGUUUUAACUUGGAUUUGUAUCCAGAUGCUACUGAAGGGGAUUCAUAUACUGACAUGUCGAAAGUGGAUGGUGUGCUGUCACUGAAUGUUGGCUGUAUUCAGCUUGUCUACCUUCAUAAAUUUCUUAUGUCACUUCUGACCUUCCUGAAUAAUUUCCAGACAGCCAAAGAGUCUCUCAGUGCUGCCACUGCCCAAGCUGCAGAAAAAGCUGCCACAAGUGUGAAAGAUCUGGCCCAGAGAAGUUUUCGUGUUUCCAUCAAUAUUGAUUUGAAAGCACCAGUUAUAGUCAUCCCUCAGUCUUCCAUUUCCACCAGUGCAGUAGUGGUCGAUCUUGGGUUAAUCAGAGUUCAAAAUCAGUUCAGUCUGGUGUCUUGUGAAGAAUACUUAAAUCCUCCAGUAAUUGAUAGAAUGGAUGUGCAGCUAACAAAGCUUACCCUUUCUAGGACAGUGAUCCAGCCAGGCACCUCCCAUCCUGAUAUCCAGCUUUUGCACCCAAUUAACUUGGAGUUUUUUGUAAAUCGGAAUUUGUCUGCAUCUUGGUAUCACAAGAUUCCUGUUGUGGAAAUUAAAGGACAUCUUGAUUCAAUGAUUGUUAGUCUAAAUCAAGAAGAUCUUAAUCUUUUAUUUAGGAUAUUAGCAGAAAAUCUUGGCGAGACUACUGAGGACAUGGAUAAAGUGAAACCAAGAGCACAGGAGACAGGUGAAAUUAAAGAGCCCUUUGAAAUCUCUGUAUCACAACAAGAUGUGCAUGCUUCAAAAGAUACUUUUACAACUGGAGUGGAAGAAUUUAGAUCUGUAGACAUCAUUAACAUGCUGCUGAAUUUUGAAAUUAAAGAGGUUGUGGUUACUUUGAUGAAAAAAACAGGAGCAAAAGGAAGGCCUUUACAUGACCUUAGUGUCCUACAGCUUGGAGUGGAAGCUAGAGUUAAAACCUAUGAUGUGACAGCUAAGGCAUAUCUAAAAAAAAUUGGUAUGCGAUGCUAUGAUUUCACUGACUCUAAUGGAGAACCUCUUCACGUUAUUAACUCUUCUAAUGUGACUGAUGAACCCCUUCUCAAAAUGUUAUUUACAAAGGCAGACAGUGAUGGACCAGAAUUUACAACCAUUCAUGACAACACCAAACAGCGAUUGAAGGUUUCAUUUUCAUCCUUAGACUUAGUACUUCAUCUGGAAGCUUUACUUUCCUUCAUGGAUUUUUUAUCAUCUGCCAAUCCAUCCUCUGAACCUUCUUCUGAAAAGGAAUCUGAAUUGAAACCACUCGUUGGGGAGUCCAGAAGUCUCAUUGUCAAAGCUGUAUCCAGCAAUGUUUCUGAAAACGAUGUAUUUGAUUUAAAGAUCAUAGCUGAAUUAAAUGCAUUUAAUAUCUUCGUCUGUGAUCAGAAGUGUAACAUUGCAGAUAUUAAAAUACGUGGUAUGGAUGCCUCUAUUUCUGUGAAGCCAAAGCAGACUGAUGUGUUUGCCAGGCUUAAGGAUAUCAUAGUUACGAAUGUAGAUUUGCUGUCCAUUCACAAAAAGGCUGUCUCUAUUUUGGGAGAUGAAGUCUUUAGGUUCCAGCUGACUCUUUAUCCAGAUGCCACAGAAGGAGAGGCCUAUGCUGACAUGUCUAGAGUAGAUGGCAGAUUUAGUUUUAAAGUGGGUUGUAUUCAGAUUGUUUACGUUCAUAAAUUCUUCAUGUCUUUUUUGAACUUUCUCAACAAUUUCCAAGCUGCCAAAGAAGCUUUGAGCACAGCCACAGUCCAGGCUGCAGAAAGAGCUGCUUCCAGCAUGAAAGACUUGGCUCAAAAGAGCUUCCGCCUUUUGAUGGAUAUCAAUUUGAAAGCACCAGUUAUUAUUAUUCCUCAGUCUUCAGUGUCAGCUAAUGCUGUUAUAGCAGAUUUGGGUUUAAUUAGAGUUGAAAACAAAUUUAGCUUGGUUCCUAUGGAACGUUAUUCUCUUCCCCCAGUCAUUGAUAAAAUGAACAUUCAACUCACUCAGUUGAAGCUGUCCAGAACUAUUUUGCAGGCUAACUUGCCACAACAUGACAUUGAAAUUUUAAAACCAGUCAACUUGCUUUUGUCUGUACAGCGAAAUUUAUCAGCAACAUGGUAUGUGCACAUUCCAGGAAUGGAGAUAAAAGGAAAACUAAAACCUAUGCAGGUUGCUCUCAGUGAAGAUGACUUGACAGUUUUAAUGAAAAUUUUGCUGGAAAAUCUUGGAGAAGUUUCUUCACAGCCAAGCCCUACACAGUCUGUGCAAGAAGCUGUGAGAGUGAGAAGAGUAGAUGUUCCAAGCGGAGCUGAUCCCCUCAAAGAACAGGAUUUGGCAGACUCAGAGGUUUCUAUGAACCAGAAUGUCACUCUUCAAUUUGACUUUCACUUUGAAUCUCUUUCUAUUAUUCUUUAUAACAACGAUGCCAGUCAGGAGUCCAGACUUUCAUUUCAUAAUGACAGUUUCCGGCUUGGUGAACUCAGACUGCAUCUUAUGGCCUCCGCGGGGAAGAUGUUUAAGGAUGGCUCAAUGAAUGUCAGCAUUGAACUUAAGACAUGUACCCUUGAUGAUCUCAGAGAAGGCAUUGAGAGAGCAACAUCGAGAAUGAUUGACAAAAAGAAUGACCAAGAUAACAACAGUUCUAUGAUUGAUAUAAGUUACAAACAAGACAAAAGUGGAAGUCAAAUUGAUGCUAUUCUUGACAAGCUGUAUGUCUGUGCCAGUGUGGAAUUCCUGAUGACUGUGGCAGAUUUCUUUAUCAAAGCUGUGCCUCAAAGUCCAGAAAAUAUGGCAAAAGAAACACAAAUCCUACCAAGACAGACUGCCACAGGGAAAGUCAAGACUGAGAAAGAUGACUCUGUAAGACCAAAUAUGACUUUAAAGGCCAUGAUCACAGACCCAGAAGUAGUAUUUGUUGCCAACCUGACAAAGGCUGAUGCUCCUGCCCUGACAGCCUCAUUCCAGUGUAACCUCUCUCUAUCAACAUCUAAACUUGAACAGAUGAUGGAAGCGUCUGUGAGAGAUUUGAAAGUGCUUGCUUGCCCUUUUCUUAGAGAAAAGAGAGGGAAAAACAUUACCACAGUCCUGCAGCCUUGCUCUUUAUUUAUGGAAAAAUGUACAUGGGCUUCAGGAAAACAAAACAUAAAUAUUAUGGUUAAAGAAUUUAUAAUUAAGAUUUCACCCAUAAUUCUUAAUACCGUGAUGACAAUCAUGGCUGCUAUGUCUCCAAAGACAAAAGAAGAUGAGUCCAAAGAUGCAUCUGAGGAGACAGGAAACCUCUGGUGUAUCAGAUCUGUUAAUGAGUAUAACUCUUGGUAUCUUGGUGUUGACAUGGCAACAGAGAUAACGGAAAAUUUCAAAGAUACCAAACAUGCAUUAUUAGAGGAAAAUUGUGCUGUUGUUGUGGAGUCAGUUCAAGUUACCUUAGAAUGUGGCCUUGGGCAUCGAACUGUGCCUUUGUUAUUGGCAGAGUCUAAGUUCUCAGGAAAUGUGAAAAACUGGACUUCUCUAAUGGCGGCUGCUGCUGACAUGACCCUGCAGGUGCACUAUUACAAUGAGAGCUAUGCUGUCUGGGAGCCACUGAUUGAGAGAGUGGAAGGGAAAAAACAAUGGAACUUAAGGCUUGAGGUCAAGAAGAACCCUAUCCAGGAUAAAAGUUUGAUGCCAGGAGAUGAUUUUAUUCCUGAGCCACAGAUGGCAAUUCAUAUUUCUUCAGGAGAUACAAUGAAUAUAACAAUAUCCAAAAGUUGUCUUAAUGUAUUCAACAAUUUAGCAAAAGGUUUUUCAGAGGGUACCGCUUCUACUUUUGACUACUCUUUAAAAGACAGGGCUCCUUUUACGGUAAAAAAUGCUGUAGGUAUUCCCAUUAAGGUACGGCCUAACUGUAAUCUCAGAGUAAUGGGCUCCCCUGAGAAAGGUGAUAUUUUUGAUGUUGAUGCUGGCCAGAAGUUGGAAUUGGAAUAUGCCAGUGUGGAACCUUCACAUCAAGGGAAACUAUCUGUACUGAGCCGUCAAGAAAGUUCCCUCUUCACUCUGACCUUUGUACCUCGUGGAUACACAGAAGUUGCAAAUAUCCCUGUUGUCAGACCUGGACGACGAUUAUAUAAUGUGAGGAAUCCCAAUGCCAGUCAUUCUGACUCCGUUUUGGUACAGAUUGAUGCAACCGAAGGGAAUAAAGUAAUUACCCUUCGCUCUCCUCUACAGAUUAAAAAUCAUUUCUCUAUUGCAUUUAUCAUCUAUAAAUUUGUUAGGAAUGUUAAGUUAUUAGAACACAUUGGAAUGGUCAGACCUGAAGAGGAGUUCCAUGUUCCUUUGGAUUCUUAUAG